AUGCUGUUUUUUGCUCUUUUCUUGACGACAAGCCUUUUAACGCUUGCAGCCCCGUUAGACUGCCACAACGACAUUGAAAACUCUUGUAACGGAACAUCAGUAAAAGCGAAGGACUGUGCUGACUUGUACAAGUCUGGCGGAAGAAUCAGCAAUGUCUAUUCAAUCGAGCCACGUGAUGGUUUAGGCGCAUUUGACGUAUUUUGCGACCAGACUACCGCUGGUGGAGGGUGGACAGUUCUUCAGAAGAGACUUAAUGGCUCCAUGGAUUUCAAUCGUACCUGGGACGAGUACAAACAUGGUUUCGGAAAUUUCUUCACUCACGAAUUUUGGCUCGGACUGGACAAGAUCCACCGCUUGACAAGAAAUGAGACGGCAAACAGACUUCGCAUAGAACUGGGAGUAACUAAUGAAGAGCCACUUUACGCUGAGUAUGGUUGCUUUGGUAUUGGAAACGAGAGCACCACCUACCGACUGAAACUCAGCCAUGGUUGGGGUGGGACUGUCAAGAAUGAUUCUUUUGGUUUCCAUAAUAACUUCUCUUUUGGCACUUGGGAUAGAGACCCUGCUCAUGGCAAGUGCAACAAGGAACGUGGAGGAGGAUGGUGGUACAGUAAAAAUUGUGUGGUCUCGUCAAACCUCAACGGUCUUUACCCAAGCAGUGGAACUCCUCUCGGCAACAUCCACUGGGAUGAUUUAGGAAGUACUGCUGAGGCAAGUGCUCCUGAAAACACUGAAAUGAAAAUCAGACCAGUGGACUUUAAAUAG